AUGGCAUCACAAGAUUCAUCAGACAGCAAAACUGUUUCUGGAAGGGCAAUUUCCCUUGGCUUGGAGCCAUUUUGCUUCAGGCAGUUCGAUGACCCCAAGUACCCGGGGACAAGAAUUCCGUUGGAUAAAGAUGCUUUUAUGAAGGAGAAAACUUUACAGGAGCUAGAGUAUCUACGCUCCCCAUUACUGAAGAGAACAUACCUCACAUCCGACCUGAUUCUGUACUCCCGUGAGCAAGUUGCCAAGGAGAAUGCCGCCAUGACCAAGAGUGUGGAAAUUGUUGAUACAACUCAACCUGAGUGGUUCAUAGUGGCGAUUAAGGCGCAAGAUGAGCCGUUUGAGCUACCGAUGAACCCCAUAACGAUCAUGCGAAACGCGCUUCUAGAGGAGGGGGGCAGUGGUGUGCCCCUAAACCGCGAAGCCUAUGCCCGCGCGGUAGAAUACUGGAGCAAACACGUGGUGGUUCAAGAUGACAGUGAAUGA